GUAACUUCCGUGUUAGACGACAUUGGGGGAGAGUCUACUAACAGCUCGAAAUAUCGACAAAAAAUUAUCAUAACACGCAUGGCACAGUCAUCAUGUAAAUGUUAUUGUAGUGUUCCCUGUUGUUCAAACAACAAAAAGAAGUUUCCUUAUCUGAGUUUCCACGACUUUCCAGUGGACGAAGAAAUAUGUUCCCGUUGGGUUAGGGCGAUAAGAAGAGAUGAGGGACUUGGUUUUAAAAUACUUCGAGGGAGCACCUAUGUAUGUAGCCAACACUUUGCCCCAGAGGAUACAUACACAACACCCAGCAGUGGACGAACCAGGAUAAAAAAGGGAGCAGUGCCAUCUAGAUUUCCCUGGAAUGACUGGGGUAAAGGAAAAGGGUCACAAGCUCGGCAGUCAGUUUACCAGAGAGCAAGGAAACGUUUAAGGCCUGCUGUCCUUGAUGAAUCUCAGGAGAUGCUUGUUCCAGGAGACAUCACAGAAGAGGCCCUGCCUGUGGGUGGAGUGACAAAAGAUCAUGACUAUGCCUACCAUCCUUCUCCUGGUAAACUGGAUGGCGCUGCACAGAGAAUCCAAGAGUUGGAGCUUCAGGUUUUGUCACUAGAGCUUGAAAUCCAGCAGCUGACCGUUAAGAAGCAGCAGCCUCUGAUUUUCAAGUUCUGCGUCACAGAUGAAGACUUUCGUUACUACACUAGGUUCAGCUCAAAGGAGGUUUUCACUGUGUUUUGGGAGUCAGUUUACCCCUCUGCUUCACGCCUUUUGUACUGGUCCAAGGCACAACGAACAGCACAAGAGACACCUAGCCCUCAGCGAAAACUUCAGCUUGAUGAACUGUUCAUGUUUCUCUGUCGUGUUGCAGCCGGGCUUCAGGAGAAAACCUUGUCGUCCAUCUUCGAGGUCAGCUUGUCUACAGUUAGCCGCAUCAUCUUAACAUGGACAAGCUACCUUUACCAGGUUCUUGGCUCGCUACCAUUGUGGAUGACAAGAGAGCAAGUGCAGGCCACAAUGCCUGACAAGUUCAAGCUCUACUGCCCUCAGGUGAGAGUGAUAAUCGACUGCACCGAGAUUCGUUGUGAAACAGCAUCUUCUCUUUUGCUACAGUCAGAAACUUUUUCCAACUACAAAAAUCACACCACCUUUAAAGGUCUAAUUGGCAUUGCACCAUGUGGGGUUAUCACAUUUAUAUCAAAAUUGUACACAGGCUCCAUCUCGGAUAUAGAAAUAACUCGGCAGUCACAGAUCUUACAGUUACUUCAACCAGGAGAUGGAGUAAUGGCUGACAAGGGGUUCCAAAUUGAGAAGAUGCUGUCAGAGGUGGGGGCAACACUAAUCAUCCCUCCACUGAAGAAAUCUAACCAGCUCAGCAUGGAGGAUACCCAGAAGACCCAGGCUAUUGCCCGUCUUAGAAUUUUAGUUGAGAGGGCCAUACGUAGGGUGAAGGAGUAUCAUAUUUGGGAUGGACAUGUUCCUCUUUCUAUGGUAGGCUCAGUCAAUCAGCUGUGGGCCAUCUGUUGCAUGUUGUGCAACUAUCAGGGACCUCUUGAUAUCAAAGGGGACAAACCCAUCUGA